CCAGCCUACGGUUCCAGUGCAAGUAGUAAUUACGUUGAUGACUAAAUGGAUGCUCGCCACGUUAGGUUUGCGUUCUUGCCUACUGUUGUAAGAUAAUUCCGCCGAAGAUGUCCACUCUCUUCCCCUCACUCUUCCCGCGGAUGACGGAGUCGCUGUGGUUCAACCUGGACCGGCCCUGCGUGGACGAGACGGAGCUGCAGCAGCAGGAGCAGCAGCACCAGACAUGGCUCCAGAGCAUUGCUGAGAAAGACAAUAACCUGAUGCCCAUCGGAAAGCCCAUCUUUGAGACAUUUGAUGAGGAGGAAGAGGAUGAUGAUGAGGAUGAGGAAGACAGUGAGGAGGACUCGGAGGAUGAAGAGGACAUGCAGGACAUGGACGAGAUGAACGACUACAACGAGUCCCCCGAUGAUGGAGAGAUCCAUGAGGUGGACAUGGAGGCAGCGGAGCAGGACCAGGACCAGUGGAUGAUCUAGACCAGAGUAAUCUACCUGCUGAUCUAGACCAGAGUAAUCUACCUGCUGACCUAGACCAGAGUAAUCAGAGAGUGAUUACAGUAGUCUCUCUCUCUCUCUCUCUCUCUCUCUAUCUCUCUCUCUCUCUCUCUCUCUCUCUCUCUCUCUCUCUCUCUCUCUGUCUCUCUGUCUGUCUGUGUGUGUG